GAGGAAGCCGCCGUUGAAGUGGGAGAGACUAAGUGGAGUGGGAGAUAAGACGCCUUACAAAACAACUGGGCGAGUGCUUUUUCAAAGGAACCGCAUUUCAUGAGAUGGUGAGCUCUUGGCUAAUGUCUCAGGUACUUUUUUAAAGGCGUUUGAACCUGCUCCCAGCUAAAACUCUUUGUGUAGAGAGAACCCCACCAUGGAUCCUGGCAAGACCAGCUAUGUGAGAUUAAACGAGAAGAAAGUUAUCGCAAAGUCCGAUAUUUUGUCCCUUUUAAAAACCUACAACUGUUAUCAUGAGGGGAAAAGUUUCCAGCUUCGCCUUCGAGAGGAAGAGGGCGAGCUGAUCGUGGAAGGUUUACUCAACAUCUCCUGGGGCCUGAGGAGGCCAAUCAGACUCCAAAUGCAAGAUGACAAAGAGCGCUUUCACUAUUCCUGCACAGGAGCGUGGAGCUCGGAGAGCUCCGAGUCCAGCAGGAAUGAAGAUAAUGAACAGAGUCAUUUACACCAGUUUUCUCCAGAGCCUAAUAACAACCAAAUCAGUACCACGUCAAUAAUAGCUGGUAUGGAUGGGUAUGAUGCUGAGGAGGACAUCCCUCAACUGCUGAGGACAAGAAGUGAUGCUAGUUUUGUAAACAUCCAAAGAAGAUCCAAAAUGCACAACUCUGCAGAUUCACAGAGGAUUAAAAGACAUCGCUUUUCCAUCAACGGACAUUUCUACAACCACAAGACAUCUGUUUUUACUCCAUCGUAUGGAUCGAUGACUAAUGUCCGAGUGAACAGCACUAGAACAACGCAGCAAGUUCUGAACCUUCUCCUUAAUAAGUUUCGGGUAGAGAACAAGACUGAUGAUUUUGCCCUCUACCUAGUCCAUGAAUCGGGAGAGAGAACAAAACUAAAAGACACAGAAUACCCUCUGGUGUCUCGUCUGUUGCAUGGUCCUUGUGAGAAAAUCGCCAGAAUAUUUAUUAUGGAAAAGGACCUUGGAGAAGAGAUUACAUACGAUGUUGCGCAAUAUAUAAAGUUUGAAAUGCCUGUUUUGGACAGUUUCAUCAAGAAAUUGAGAGAAGAGGAAGACAGAGAGAUUUUAAAGCUGACCAGGAAAUACAGUGUCCUGAGGUCCAUGAUAUUGCAGAAAUUAGAUGGCAUCUCUCAGAUGAAUCGUGUGUAAGAAGAUUUGCUGACUGUUUAGGUCAGAAGAAUCUCCUUUCUCCUUGGCCACCAACACUGCUUAGAAGUUUUAGUUUUUUUUGUAAAGACAGUGCAAUAUUGAAUAGAAGUUUAAGCUACUUGUGUACAAGAUUUUUACUCACAAUUCUCAGGCAUUAUUAAUGACCUAGUGUUAAGCUUUUGUAUUUUUUGUACAUUUUUGUUAAACUUAAAACAUAUAGAAUAUAUUCCUCCUGGUAUUGUUUCUCCAGUAACAAUGUUUUUAUUUUAAGUUUUAUUUAAGCUAGUAUAUGAGAAAUGUUUACAUGGUCUUAUAUUGUCCGGUUAUUUCUAUAUACUGUAAUAUUGUCCUGUUAGUUUUAUACACGCAUGUAUAAUAUAAUAAUAUAUAUCAGUAUGUCAUUAAAUUUAAAACAGAUUCUCAGUUGCUUUACUCUGCGGCAGCUCAUUUUCAAGUCACUUUUUAACUCUUUAUUUUGAUUAUCUUAUCAUUGUUCCAGGUGUUUAGUGCUUUAGAAAAAUGAUGUGUGCAGUUUCCCUCAUGUUCAUAAAUAACCGUUUCUUAUUGUUCUUCAAGUGCCCCUCACACUGAGCCAGUUCCCACAAGCUAUAAAAGGCAAUAUGUUGUUGAGACCAAGAUAUGAAGUCAUUGCUUGGUUGAGUGCCCAUGUUACACAGUUGGAGGCACCCUGAGAAACAAGGAACAUUACAGGUGGUCCCCUUUUCCUGGACAACUGUGUGCUUGUGCACACUUGUAGAUUCCUAUGCAACAUAACACAUUUUUAAAUAAUUGUGUAAGCUAGUGUUGUAGUCGAGACCACGAAAACCGAGACCCUUGCUGCGUCCCAAUUCGCAUACUAUCCGUCCUAAAUAGUAUUCGAAAAUAGA